UUAUGGCUGCGAAGAUAUUGGGCGAAAUGGGAGAAGAGAAGAGAGAAGUAAUAUUCAGAGACAUAAGACGAUAUUAUUGUGAAUUUUGUGGGAUUUGCCGCUCCAAGAAGUCCCUCAUCUCCUCUCAUAUCCUCUCCAAUCAUCAUGAUGAAAUGGAGAGGCGGAAAGAUGAGGCAAAUGAAGAUGUAAAGAAAAAGGAAGGCCCAAAAAUAAAUAUUUGUGAAGAAUGUGGUGUGAGCUUUCAGAAGCCUGCUCAUUUGAAGCAGCAUAUGCAGAGUCAUUCACUCGAGAUUGAGGUAAUUUGAGAAACAUUGUGGAAUUAUGUGAAGGUGUGAAGCAUUGGAUCCCAAAAAAAAAGAACUCCAAAAUGCAAGAGAGGCCAUUUGUAUGCCAUAUAGAUGACUGCCAGUCCAGCUACCGCAGAAAGGAUCACUUGACGAGACAUCUCUUGCAGCACCAAGGGAAGUUGUUUGAGUGUCCCGUUGAUGGUUGCAAACGCGCAUUUAGUAUUCAAGGCAAUAUGACUCGGCAUGUCAAAGAGAUGCAUGACCAGCGUGCCUCCCCUGAGGCCAAUCUUCCAAAGCAGUAUGUCUGUUCAGAACCUGGUUGUGGGAAGGUGUUUAAAUUUGCAUCCAAAUUGAAGAAGCAUGAAGAUUCUCAUGUUAAGUUGGAGAAGAUGGAGGCACUUUGUUUAGAGCCAGGCUGUAUGAAACAUUUCACAAAUGAGAAAUGCCUCAAGGAACACAUAGAGAGUUGCCACCAGCAUAUUGUGUGUGAAAUAUGUGGAACCAAGCAAUUGAAGAAGAAUAUUAAGCGGCAUCUCCAGACGCAUGAAGAAGAGUCUACAUCGGAGAGAAUAAAAUGUGAAUUCCAGCAUUGUCAGCACACUUUCUCCACUAAAUCCAAUCUUAUUCAGCAUGUCAAAGCUGUGCACCUGGGGGAUAAACCAUUCUCAUGUGGCAUUGCUGGUUGUGGUAUGAAAUUUGCCUUCAAGCAUGUGAGAGAUAGACACGAAAAAUCAGGCUGCCAUGUUUAUACUCCAGGUGAUUUUGUAGAGGCUGACGAGCAAUUCCGUUCUAGACCAAGAGGUGGUAGGAAGAGGAAGCUUCCUGUUUUUGAGGCAAUUAUGCGGAAAAGGAUUACACCACCCUGUGGUACAGAUCCCGUGUUCUAUCAAGGAUCAGAAUAUCUCUCAUGGUUACUCUCAGCAGAAUCAGAUGAAGAGCUGUGAGUCUGUUUCUUUGGCCAGAUGCCGUGUUAAAUCAUGGGCCAGAAAUCUCAUGGUUCCUCUUAGUUGAAUCAGAGGAUGAACUCUGAGCGUCCCCUGGACAGUUUCUUAGCAGAUAGCUAGUGUAUAUGUGUCCAUAAGUUUUUACUAGAAAAAAGUAUAUGCUGUCCAUAAGUUAAAUUUAUCACAAUGCUUGUUCUAUAAUCUAAUGGAUAAGUAUUAUCUUAAUUGUUGA